AUGGUUGCUCCAGUCAAUUUAGGAGUAGGGUCUCUCGUGUGGGUCGAGGACCCUGAUGAGGCAUGGAUUGAUGGUGAGGUUAUAGCCGUAAAUGGUGAAGACAUCAAAGUUUCUUGUACAUCGGGAAAGACGGUCGUGGCCAAGUCCUCUAAUGUCUAUCCCAAGGAUACUGAGGCCCCACCUUGUGGGGUCGAUGACAUGACAAAGUUGGCGUACUUGCACGAGCCAGGAGUCCUCGACAAUUUGAAAUCCAGAUACGACAUCAAUGAGAUAUACUCGAACCCUGUUCUUGAGGCAUUUGGUAACGCAAAGACAGUGAGAAAUAAUAAUUCAAGUCGCUUUGGUAAGUUUGUCGAGAUUCAGUUCGAUCAAAGGGGUAAGAUAUCAGGGGCUGCCAUCAGAACAUACCUUCUUGAAAGGUCUCGUGUUUGUCAAGUGUCUGAUCCUGAGAGAAACUACCAUUGUUUCUAUAUGCUUUGUGCUGCACCCGAAGAGGAAAUUAAGAAGUACCACCUGGGAAACCCGAGGACAUUUAACUAUUUAAAUCAGACGAAUUGCUAUGAGCUAGAUGGGAUUGAUGAUUCUAAAGAAUAUAUAGCAACGAGGAAGGCAAUGGAUACUGUAGGAAUCAGUUCUGAAGAACAGGAUGCGAUAUUCCGGGUUAUUGCUGCAAUUCUCCAUCUUGGGAACAUCGAGUUUGUAAAGGGGAAGGAAAUUGACUCGUCCAUGCCUAAAGAUGAAAAAUCUUGGUUUCAUUUGCGCACGGCCGCUGAUUUAUUCAUGUGUGAUGCAAAAUCUUUAGAAGAUUCCCUCUGCAAACGUGUGAUUGUGACCCGUGAUGAAACUAUCACUAAAGAACUGGAUCCUACGGCAGCUGUCGCAAGCCGAGAUGCCUUGGCCAAAAUCGUGUAUUCGAGGUUAUUUGACUGGCUUGUGGACAGGAUCAAUAGUUCUAUAGGUCAAGACCCGAAUUCAAAGUGCUUAAUUGGAGUUUUGGAUAUAUAUGGAUUCGAGAGCUUCAAGACUAACAGUUUUGAACAAUUUUGCAUAAAUUUGACGAAUGAGAAGCUUCAGCAGCACUUUAAUCAGUUGUUCGAUACUAAGCUAGUUAUUUGGCAGCACGUGUUUAAAAUGGAGCAAGAGGAGUACACGAAAGAAGAAAUUAACUGGAGCUACAUAGAGUUCAUUGACAAUCAAGAUGUUUUGGAUCUAAUUGAAAAGAAGCCAGGUGGCAUUAUAGCCCUUCUUGAUGAAGCUUGCAUGUUCCCUCGUUCAACUCAUGAUACGUUCGCCCAAAAGCUGUACCAAACUUUCAAGAACCACAAACGCUUUAGCAAGCCCAAAUUAGCCCGUUCUGACUUUACCAUCUCACAUUAUGCGGGUGAUGUCACGUAUCAAACCGAGUUGUUUCUGGACAAAAACAAGGACUAUGUUAUUGCCGAGCAUCAGGCCCUCUUGAGUGCCUCCAAAUGCUCGUUUGUUUCGGGUCUUUUUCCUGCGUCGAACGAGGAGUCCUCCAAGCAAUCAAAAUUUUCUUCAAUUGGCUCGAGGUUCAAGCAACAACUACAAGCUCUUCUUGAGACCCUGAGCGCCACUGAACCUCAUUAUAUACGUUGUGUGAAGCCGAAUAAUCUUCUCAAGCCUGCUAUCUUUGAGAAUCAAAAUGUCCUUCAACAACUGCGUUGCGGGGGGGUAAUGGAAGCUAUUAGGAUAAGUUGUGCAGGAUAUCCUACCAAAAGGCCCUUCUUCGAAUUCGUAGACCGUUUUGGGAUUCUAUCUCCCGAAGUUCUGAAAGGAAGCACGGAUGAGAUUGCUGUUUGCAAGAAGCUCUUGGAAAAAGCCGGACUCGAAGGCUACCAGAUUGGUAAAACGAAAGUGUUUUUGAGGGCUGGUCAGAUGGCCGAGCUGGAUGGCCGGAGAACAGAAAUCUUAGGAAGAUCGGCCAGCAUUAUCCAGAGGAAAAUGCGUUCUUACAUGGCCAGAAGAAGUUUCACGUUAUUACGUCGUUCGGCCAUAUUUAUUCAAUCCGCAUGCAGAGGACAACUUAGUCGUAAAGUUUACGAGGGCCUGCGCAGGGAGGCUUCUUGUCUCAGGAUACAGAGAAAUUUACGGAUGUAUCGUGCCAGGAAAGCUUACAGAGGAUUGUGCUUAUCUUCUGUCUCGAUUCAGACAGGAAUGCGUGGUAUGGCUGCACGUAAUGAGCUUCGGUUCAGACAGCGCACAAAAGCAGCAAUUUUGAUUCAGAGCCAUUGUCGUGAAUACUUAGCCCGUUCGAAAUAUAUGAAGCUGAAGAAAGCUGCACUCGCCACUCAGUGUGCAUGGAGAGCCCGAGUUGCACGUAAAGAGCUGCGGAAAUUGAAGAUGGCCGCGAAAGAAACUGGUGCCCUGCAAGCUGCCAAGAAUAAGUUAGAGAAGCAAGUUGAGGAAUUGACUUGGAGAUUGCAGCUCGAGAAACGAAUGAGAACGGAUCUGGAAGAAGCAAAAACGCAAGAGAACAUGAAACUGAAAACGGCUUUACAAGAGCUUCAGCUUCAGUUUAAGGAAGCCAACGAGAUGCUCGAAAAAGAACUAGAAGCUGCAAAGUCGGUGGCCGAGCAAGUCCCCAUAAUACAAGAAAUUCCAGUCAUUGACCAUGAAAUGAUGGAUAAGCUCGCUGCCGAAAAUGAUAAACUCAAGGCCUUAGUGAGCUCUCUCGAGGCAAAAAUAGGUGAAACGGAGAAGAAAUAUGAAGAGUCGAACAAACUCAGUGAGGAGAGGUUGAAGCAAGCCAUGGACGCUGAGUCUAUAAUCGUCAAGUUGAAGACCAAUAUGCAUCGGCUCGAAGAAAAAAUAUCCGACAUGGAAGCUGAGAACAAAAUUCUCCGGCAGCAAACAUUGUUAGCUCCUUCCAAAGGGGCAGUAGAACAUUCACAGGCUCCAGUGCCUAAGGUACUGGAAAACGGCCACCACGACAAUGAAGAUAUGUUUCAUACUCCGGUUAAAGUAUCUGAAACUCCUGAUAGUAAACCAAGAAAGCCCCCAAUCGAUCGUCAGAAUGAAGAUGUGGAUGCCCUCAUUGAGUCUGUAAAGAAAGACGUGGGCUUCAGCCAGGGCAAGCCCGUUGCAGCUUACACUAUAUACAAAUGCCUUAUGCACUGGAAAUCGUUCGAGUCCGAUCGAACGAGUGUUUUUGAUCGGCUGAUUCAGAUGAUUGGGUCGGCCAUCGAGAAUCAAGAGAGCAAUGAACAUAUGGCUUAUUGGCUGUCGAAUACUUCCACACUGUUAUUCUUGCUUCAAAAAAGCAUGAAACCGGCAGGCUCAGCUGCUACCCCAGCUCGCAAACCACAACCACCAACCUCCUUAUUUGGGAGGAUGACAAUGGGUUUUCGCUCCCCUUCGUCUGUCAGCCUUGCAGCAGCAGCAGCUGCACUCGAUACAGUUCGUCAAGUGGAGGCAAAAUAUCCAGCCUUACUUUUCAAGCAGCAGCUCACAGCUUAUGUCGAGAAAAUCUACGGCAUUAUUCGGGAUAACUUGAAAAAGGAGUUAGGAUCACUGCUUGCUUUGUGCAUUCAGGCACCAAGAACCUCCAAAGGGAAUCUUAUAAGGUCAGGACGGUCUUUUGGAAAAGAUUCCUCGACGAAUCAUUGGCAGGCCAUCAUCGAUAGCCUCAACUCCCUUCUCAGUACACUCAAACAAAAUUUUGUUCCCACUGUUCUCAUACAGAAGAUAUUUACUCAAACAUUUUCGUACGUGAACGUGCAGCUCUUUAACAGCCUUCUUCUACGGCGUGAGUGUUGUACUUUCAGCAACGGCGAGUACGUCAAAGCUGGGCUGGCCGAGCUCGAGUUAUGUUAUUUCAUUCUUAGCAUUGACAAAUUAUUUCUUGGAGCCCAGUAUGCAGGGUUAGCUUGGGAUGAACUGAAACACAUCAGACAAGCUGUCGGCUUCUUAGUUAUACAUCAGAAGUAUAGAAUAUCGUAUGAUGAGAUCACCAAUGAUUUGUGUCCUAUUCUGAGCGUCCAGCAGCUUUAUAGAAUAUGUACUUUGUAUUGGGACGAUAACUAUAAUACUCGAAGUGUGUCAGCUGAGGUCAUAUCGAGCAUGAGGGUGCUUAUGACUGAGGAUUCCAACAAUGCCAUUAGCAACUCAUUUCUGUUGGAUGAUAAUUCAAGGGACUUGUGA